AUGCCGCUCUCCUCUACAGAUGAGAAACCUAGAGAUAUUGUUGUGACAGAUGAUUUUGAUAUCAAGAGAACUCAACCUGCAAGUAAUUCCAAAAAGAUCGUUGCUGAAAUUGAUGUACUUACUGGACAGAAUGUUGUUCAGCUGAAGGCUUUCGAUAGGUUUGAGAACACAUCUGAUGCUCAAUCUGCGGCAACCCUUAUUAUUGAUAGCAGGCCUAGCAAGGGUCUGCACAAGUUCUUGCAGAAACAUUGUGAGGGUGAAAGGUUAGCGGAUCAUACAUUAGCAGUUAACAUAUCGGUAAGGAGGCCACUGAAACCAGCACCUGGAAAGCCUGAGGACGUGCCUGCAGAUCAUCACAAGGUGGCACCCAGGAUGCUUGAGACUUCUCUGGGUGUGAGGAAAGGUUCAGGAUCUUCCAGCAGGUUGGCAGACAGGAAAGGGAGCAAGGAGUUCGAGCAAGAACAGGCUGUUCAGAAAGCGCCCUCGGCCGUGAGGCCAGCCACGUCAUACCGCUCUGGACGGAAUGGAGAAGGCGCAGCAGGAGUGGCUGCUACUGGCGGCACGAGAUCUAAGGCUGAUGAAUGGGAGAAGGCAAAGCUUGGAAGAGUUAGAGAGGAGUAUGAGAAGAUGAUGGAGACCAUAGCCGAAUGGGAAACUGAGAAGAAGGUGAAGGCGAGACGCCAAAAAGAGCAGAAAGAGACCGAGCUAGACAAAAAGAGAGAAAAGGCACUAGAAGAAUACAACCUGGAGAUGACAAGGAUCAGCAAAAUCUCUGGAGGAGCAAGGGCGAUGGCGGAGGAGCGAAAAUACAACGAUGGGAAAAAGAUCAGAGAGAAGGCGCACAAGAUGCGAUCCACAGGAAAGCCUCCCCGCACGUGUGCUUGCUUUUGAGAACAGCUGCAUACGCUGAAACUUGGAACCAAAUGAAGGGCGCCAUUUUGGACGGUUGUAAAAGGCACGCAAUAGUGACGUUUUGUAUUGUAAUAUGCAUUUGGCUUUGCCAAGUUAUG